AAGAGAACCCUCCAGAUGCAGCCCGCCGCCGAGAUGCAGCCGCCCGUCGGCUCCCCCGCCGCGCCCCAAUCCGACCCUCCGCAGGCACCUCCACCCUCCGAUCCAUCCUCCCCGGCGGCGCCGGCACCUGCACCGGCUCCCGAGGCGGCCGAUCCGCCCGCGUCCGCGCCCGCGCCCGCACCCUCGCUGGCGUCGGUGCAGCUGCAGCCGAAGACCGUCACGUGGAGCGAGAAGCUGACGUCGGAGUCGCCGACCUACGUGCCGGCCGCCGCCGCCGCGGAGUCCAGCCAGUACGUCUCCCGCGGGCCCGCCGCCUCCUCGUCCAAGGGCGCGGUGGAGGCGAUGAAGGACACGCUGUCGAGGUGGGGAAAGUCCAUGGAGGAGACCACCAAGAUGGUCGAGAGCCUCAGCCGCGACACGUGGCAGCACUUCAAGACUGGACCGAGUUUUACUGAAGCGGCUAUGGGACGGCUUGCUCAAGGAACUAAAGUCUUAGCAGAAGGUGGCUAUGAGAAAAUAUUUAAGCAGACUUUUGAGAUUCUUCCGGAUGAGCAGCUGAAAAUAUCUUACGCAUGCUAUCUAUCAACAUCUGCUGGUCCUGUCAUGGGAGUAAUGUACAUUUCUACAGCGAAAAUUGCAUUCUGCAGUGACAACCCUCUUUCUUACAAAGCUGGAGAUAAAACUGAAUGGAGUUACUACAAGGUCGUCAUUCCUCUGCAUCAGCUAAGGACAGCUAAUCCUUCAGUGAGCAAAGUAAAUUCUGCCGAGAAGUAUAUUCAGGUCGUCUCAGUUGAAGGCCACGAGUUUUGGUUUAUGGGCUUUCUGAUGUAUGACAAAGCCGUUUCCAGUCUUCAAGAAGCCAUGGACAGUGCUCGUGAGUUACAACCGUAGAUAUUAAACUGAAGUUUCAGUUACUUCAACCUGUAGCAUUCUCGGGGGCAUCUCCAGUUCUCCACUCCAUGCCUUCGAUUAUGAGCCCCCCUGUUUAAAAUCGAUCCUUCAUGUGGUGCCCAUCGCAGCUGUUGAUUCAGUACACUCACGAGCUUGUAUACGUCUUUGUUCUUGUUCUUUGCCUUCCCCGUGUUGUAAUGAUGAUAUAUAUAUAGCUGGGAAAACACUGGAGCUGUCCA